AUGGAGCCGUCGCUCGAAAGGGCGCCGGUGGACGAGGAUGGAGUGGUGGUGCAAUCCUUGACGACAACGCCGGCGUCGUCAGCAAGGGCUGCACGCAGAGAGGGGGCGCAGCAGCAGCUGGAAGAGGCGCAGGGGACCGCCGGCGCUGUGCAAGGGCCAUGGCCGCAAAGCUUCCUGACGACCCCACAAAGGGCACCGCCAUCGCCACAGCAGCAGCCAUCACCGCAGGAGCAGCAGCAGCCACAAUCACAGCCACAGCAGCAGCCAUCGCCACCGCCGCCAUCGCAGCCGCAGCCACAGCCGCAGCAGCCACAAUCACAGCCACAGCAGCAGCCAUCGCCACAGCAGCAGCAGCAGCAGCCACAUCCACAGCCACAGCCACAGCCAUCGCCACAGAAGCAGCAGCAGUCACAUCCACAGCAGCAGGAAGAGAAACAACAAGAGCACCACCACCACCACCAACAACAACAACAGAGACGGCAACGGCCAAGACAUACACCUCGUCGUUCCGCCAGAUCAGUGCCUUCGUAUGGGAGUGUGGAGAACACUCGUGACGAUGCCACACUUAUAGGGGGCUGCAACGCGCAGGAGACGCUCCUGUAUCCCUUCCAUGGCGACGGGCAGAAUUUUGGUAGGAAGCGGAAGUGCCUGACCUUUCAACUCUACGAUGACGAACGUCCUGUCUUUAAAGAGGUGGAUACUGGGAGCGACAGUUCGGUUGCUGCUCGUUCUCCCGCCGCUGAGGAUGUUGAGAUGGGUGGGCUUGCAGCCGCUGAUGUCGUGCCCCAGCCGUGGAUACGCGGCGUGACGCGUCACGCGGUGCUCUUCACAUUUGCCGCAGUCAUCAUCGGUCUCUCGCUGCUGCACAACAGCCUCUUCGCCACCAUUGACGUCGUCGCCGGCGUUGAGCGGGUUGCUGCCCGGCAGCAAACCGUCAAGCUUGCUCUCGUCUUCGCAGACGCUGCGGCGUUCAGCGUGUUCGCGCCCCUUGUGCUCUUGUGUGGUGCCUCCACGCCAGCCAUGCCACACAUUUUGCUAGUCGGUGCGGCUGUAUGUAUGGUGUGGAGCGGGGUGUGCACGAUGCAUGGCUUUGCCCACGGCGAAUUUGUGCUGCUGGUGGCGGCGCAGUUGCUGCAUGGUGUGGGGCUCGCAGGGUUGAUGGUGCCGCUGCUGUUCUUCGCCUGCGUGGAGUUGGGCUUUAUCGCGGGCGUCCCUGUUCUGCUGUUUGUCGCAUUCCACGCCGGGCUGGCCUCUGUCACCUUGGGGUUCUUUAUGUUUCCCGCUAUUGCACAUAGAAGCAGCAGCAGUGGCAUCAGCAACGGGGGCACAGCUGAGGCGGUGCGGGUGUUUCUGUACGCGACGUGUACGGUGCCGCUGUUUGCGUUCGGCAUCUGUGCACUGCUGCCGUCAGCGUCGUGUGUCGGGGCGGCGCGCACGUUCCGCCGCUUUGUCAGCGCCCGUGGUCUUCGCGAGGCAGUCUCGCGUGUGGACUCGUGCUUUCUGCUCCGCUGCUUGGCGUGUGGCUGCAUCUUUGCGGUGGCGUGCCUCACCGUCGCGUGGUGCAAGCCGCUCCUGUCGCCCCACAGCAGCAGCAGCAGCAACAACAGCAACAGCAACAGCAACGGCGAUGACAACGACGGAGACUCGAUGGGCGGCGCGGUACACACGGUGGGCCUGAUGUUGCUGUUCGCUCUCGCAUCACUGCCGCUGUGCCUCGUUCCGCUGUUCGGCCCUGUCGUGCGCUUCUAUGAGUCCGGCCCAGCAGCUGCAGCUGUUGUUGGCGUUGUGACGGCGUUUCUAGGAACCAAUGCGCCGCUGCCACUCUGGGCGACUGCGCUUUAUGGCGUCUCGCUGGCGGUGCCGCUGGCAGGGCUGAUGCGUUCUCUCGCCGGGGUGCGGUGGGGCUUUAGCGGGCUGGUGCCGCUGCUGAUGCUGACGUUUGUGUUGUCGGUCUGUGCGGCCCUCGCGCUGGGCGUCAGUGCGCUGCUUCUGAGUGCCCGCUUGCGCACCGGCAGUGCCAGCAGCAACGGAGCCCACCCGCAAAAUACAGCGAUGUGGCAGCAGCAGCAGCUGCUGCAGGACGUGCGGGACGUGCUACUCGUGACGGCGUCGGCGGCAAUGCUGCUUCAGGGAGCAGCGGCGCUUCGUAUGGCGCGCACGUGA